AUGGCGGGAGGACCCUCUCAAGCACGUCUCAAGUCACCUGAAAUAGAGGUCGUAUCGGGUCCUGCAAGAAAAUCAGUCGAGAAGCGCAAGCAUUCCCCAACACCAACUCAAACCGCGAAACCCGCCAAAGCAGCGAAGAAAACUACCAAAGCUCAACAACCUAAGCCAACACCUCAAUGGUCUGCUUCUGAAGAUGCUACUCUAAUUUCGAUCCUUGAAGGAAUACAAGCCAAUCGAUCGUGUCCUAUGAACCGCAUUGACAAAAGUGUCUGGCCCGAGGCAGCCGAGGAGUUUAACUCGUACGACACAGACCAUCCGAUGGAUAAGGAUGCUGCAGCUUGUAAAGCUCGCUUCAACGAACUGAAAAAAAUGUAUAGGACUUUCAAACGUUUAAAAAACAUGAGUGGUGGUGGUUGGCACGAAGGAAGCAAGCGAGUGAUAUUCGACCCAGCCUGGUGGGACGAAUGGGAUAAAGACGAUCCUAUUCUUGCUUUCCGCUAUAAAGGCUUUCCGAUCUUCGAAGACAUGUUUCAUCUGGUCGAAAGGGAUCCCGCCUACAGAUAG